UAGGGCUCUUGUUUGGAGGUAUUGGAUGAGAUCGAUCAGGCGUGGGCGUUAUGCAAGAGAUGGCAUUGUUUACAGCACCAGUGGUUUUUUCCGUCCUAGGAUGGCCCUUGAUUUACAGCAUUGUGGAAUGUCGCCAAGGUCGCAAUGCGCGGGUUAACCUCCCUCGCUGGUGGAUCUCAUCCUCCUUCUUCUUCCUCACGCCACUGAUUUUUGGAAUAGCGUUCCAAUUCGUUGGAAACGUGGUUUUCCGGAUUCCAGCGAGCAACGCCCGGCAUUCAUCGCAGUGUAAAAUACUAUCCAAAAGCGUGGAUGUUCGUGUUGCGAAAACCUGUCUUUCGGGUGACUUAUCUCCAGUUUCGAUCAGACUGUUUGGUAUACCCGACCCUUCGAAAUUCCGCUGCUCUUUGGAUUACUAUUGGGUAGCAGGCCUUGAGGUGGAGUUUAGUAUCUUGAAUUCGUCCAUUCGAACUUUAUUCGAAGAGCCCAAAGAGGUUCUUCCAAGUCAUUGCAGACCCGUUUUUGCCGAUGUUUGGAGAAUAGCGGAAAGUUUCCAGGCAAACCGCAGCUACCGUUGUAUCCAUACUGAUAAGACCAUUUAUUCUAUAGAUGGUAUAGUACUUCCAUCUCAAGAUCGCUGUAAGCCAGAAUCACCAUCCACAUUCAAGCUUCUUCGGGACUACAUCGUACUGAUAGCAAGUUCCUACAACCUUAAGCAGCCAGCUUCGGCUGGCUAUCUGUUCUGGAAAGGAGUUUACGCGCUGUUAGUCGGACUUGCCUACUGCGUAAUUCUUACAGGCGUUACGAAGCUCUCAUCCUGGUUCCAGUUUAAAGUGGUCGAUCCAGGCCAUCGCAACUUUAUCGACGUCUUAGUUUUUGAAGUGAGAUUGCAAUUAUUGUUCCUUAUUGUCUCCAUCUCAACAGCUGUGGUUUUGUCGACGAUACGACUUGAGCAACUGCGCAUUGGAUUCCAUUUACUUACUGGGAUUGAUUUCAGAUCGAAGACUUUGGGACAGUGGUUGGAAACUAUAUUCAUCUAAAGCAGCCAGUUAUUGGAUAGACAAUUCCAAGGCCAUGGUUUGUAUUCUAAGUUUUUAACAUAUGCUCAUCGAGGACGGCCGAAAGGCUCGCGUUUUGUCAAGCUACGAGUCCUGCAGAAAGUUCUCCGUGUCAGAAGUUCUUGGCUAUGGCAUUCUUGUCAAUAGUUCAUGAAGCUUAUGAUUGAGACGUUCACCUUCUUCAAUAGAGCCUUUGGAGCUCAGGGGGCUGGCGACAUGCUCCUUCUCCGCCAGAACUUGAGUCUUCGUCGUGGUACUUACCAUCUCCGUUUCAUGCUCAAUACUGCUGCUGUCAUCGUUCUGCUCCAGUUUCUCGUACUCCGAGAACGUCAGCUUCCUGAUUUCAUUAUAGAUGCUCUCCACGUCCAAAGUGGGACUGCUCAGCUUCGCUGUGGCUGCUGCGUUCUCUUCCAUCAGGUCUUUGGUGAUGUCUAUCUCGUCCAGAGCAUCCUUGAUACCGGCGAGUGCAUCAUUCUGGGACGAAGCUGAAGAUGACGGGGGAGACAUGUUGUACUCUCCGGAUCGAAGGCCCAGGUGCUGCGGUGGCACUGGAUUGCUUAUUGGCUUCAACACCUGCAUGCUCACAAGUCAUUUGGUGCAAAGAGCGUUUGCAAACUCGGCAACUUACAGGAAAGAAUUGUUUCAAGUCUUCUCUUCUUUGCCAGGUUCCGGUUCGUUCUGCCAAAAGCGAAAAAACAGUGAUCUAUCUAUCUAGAUGCGAUUUCAGUGGCGUACCUUAGCUUGGUCCGGAAUUGUGUCGGAUGUCUUUUUUUCUUCGUCUCGCACAAGGUCGUGAGCAGCUGCCGCAGACGCCGAAAGCAAAUCGCCUUCCUCGUCUCCAACACCGAACGAAGCUCUUGUCGACAGAGCCGGUGAUUUAGACGAGGCUCUGCUUCCCGCAGCUGGCGAAGGCGCAUAUGGCGAGACUUUUCCAUUUCUCUCGGAUACAGCCGGUGAACUUUUGCUAUCUUUCAACGAAGCCAACGAGGCCCUCGACGUGUUUUUGCUCGAGCUAUCUGCGGCGAUGUCAGCUGGAACGGUCUGGGACUUGAAAACCUCGGGAAGUGGAGCAGGUGAAGCGCUCCUGCUGCUAUGUCUCUUGGCGAUCUCGACUGCCACAGCCGUUGCCUAGGAGAGGAUGCUCUGGAUUCUACGUCUGCAUGCGCUGGUGAUGGUGCUCGAGACGAUGCUUUCGACUCUGCAGCAGAAUGCAACACCGGUGCCAGCGACAAACCUCUAGACUCGAGGGUGGUGAUCUUUGGUGAUGAACCUCUGCACUCGCAAACCAGUGGCCGAGGAGCGGGCGAUGGUGUCCUGCUGCUAAGUCUCCUCAAAGUGGAGUUUGCACUCUCUUCCAACUUUUCCUGACUGACAACCGGAACUUCAGCCGCAGGUACUUCGGAUGGCGGCGAUGGAGCUCGCGGCGAUGGAGCUCUUGACGAGGCUCUGGAUGAAGCUCUCGACUCGGCGGCUAAGGCUGCCGAGGCAACGAGAUCGUCGGGAGGAAGAAGCUCUUGUGAAGCCGCGACGAUCGGCUCAGCGGCAGGAGAAGCUGCAGUGCUUUUCGGUGUCGAGGCUCGGGAAUCCGUGACGUUUGGCUGCGGAGCUGGUGUUCUGAUAAGCUGCUGUCUCCUCGCCGAGAGUAACGAAGAGGAGUAGCAGAGUUGGAACUCGGGUGGUGGCGAUGGAGCUCUGAUCAAUCCAGCAGCAGUGGAAGUAUCCAAAGCAGGCUCCAGGAUCUCGGCCUCCAAAACUUGGGCGGUUUCCACAACCUCGGCAGUGUCCACUACUUCGGCAGUAGCGGAGGAAUCCAAGCCAGGCUCGGCGAAUUCAGCAGCAGCUGGGAAGUCCCCGGAGUCGAGAGUAGCGGCGGAUUGCACGUCACUUCCAAGUUGCGUCGCGAUUGAAUCGCUCGUAGGCCGGGGCGAAGAACUGGAAUCUCUGAAACUCGGGCCAAUCUGUGGCCGUGGAGCCGGCGAGGGCGAUCGAGCGGCGACUUCUUCGUUUCUCUUCGCUGCUGCCAAGGCACAAGAGGUGCUUUUGUUGCAAUUCGCCGCUCUCACACUCUGCGCGACGUUCCCUACUGCUGUUUCAGUGCUCUCUUUCGAUGCUCCACACCCCAUUUUCCACAGAAAAGAAGAAUCUUUGCUCUCGCGCUCGCGCUAGAA